ACUUCCCCCCUCCUACGCUCGUCUCGGGGUACUGGGCGGUCCUGACCUCUGAGGUGAGUGUUUCGAGAUAUUCCUGACGUUCGUCCUUCUAACCCUUGCUUUUUCCAUUUUUUCAGGUCUUCCCCCAACCCAGGAGCAAAUGAAUCACGAGAAGCUCCUAAAGACAAGGAAAGGCAAGGGCGCUGCCGCCGAUGCCGCUCUUGCCAAGGCCAAGGCUGUUCAAAUGGCUGAUUCCAACUCCUCUGCCUCUCAGGCCGACCGUCGCACGGUGGAGGCAGAACAGCACCUUAUCGCCACGGUGAUGGCGCAGGGGUCCCAGGCCCCAAUCCCAGGUUCUGGCGCCUCCAAAGUUGUGGCCCCCUUGCAGACCGUCCAUCCCCACGACGGGGAAAAGGCGAAGGACAAGAAAACCAAAAGGCCUCGGGGGACUGACUCUUCGGCCCCCGAAGGGCAAGAGUUGAUCCUUCCCUCUCUUGGACGUCCGGCGCAUGAUGUUUGGCAGGAGAUUGCUUCCCUGGCCGGCGUGGAGAUGCCUCCCCGGACGUCUUCGGAGGCUUCCAAUGCGGCCCUGGCCGCCGCUCUUCAGGUCGGGCUCUCCGUUUUGCAAUCCGAAGCUGCCCGAGAUGCCGAGGUCCUUCAGGCAAAGAACAAAGCGGACGCGGCCUUAAGGAAGGCGAGAGAGGCCGCUCGUCUCCAGGAGAAGGAGAUGGCGGCCAAGGACAAAGAACUGCAGGCUGCCCUGAAGGUAGCUGGCGAGUCCUCCGCGAAGAUCGAGGUUCUGGAGAAGGCCGGGUUCAAGCUCGUCCCGGCUCUCCCCGCUCCCAAGGAUGAGGCCCCUGAGUGGCUCGUCGAUGAUUCCGG